UGGCGCGCUCCGGGGAACAUGGCGGCGGCGGCGGACCUCGCCCAGAUUCCCGAUGUGGACAUCGACCCGGACGGCGUCUUCAAGUACGUGCUGAUUUCGAGUCCGCGCGGCAGCGCCCCGAGGCCCCCGGCCGGCGAGAGCAAGGACGUCGUGCGCGGCUACAAUUGGGCCGAGUACCACGCCGACAUCUACGACAAGGUAGCUGGCGAGAUGCAGAAGAAGGGCUAUGACUGCGAGUGCCUGGGGGGCGGGCGCAUCUCCCACCAGAGCCAGGACAAGAAGAUCCACGUGUACGGCUACUCCAUGGGGUUUGGUCGCGCCCAGCACUCCGUCUCCACUGAGAAAAUCAAGGCCAAGUACCCUGACUACCAGGUCACGUGGGCUGAUGACGGCUACUGAGGGCGCCUGAGGCCUGCUGACUCCAGCUGCCCGUCCUGGACUCUGCCCUCGAAGCCCCCUCCAGAGGGGCGGGGCCACACCCUCGUUGUCCCCAAGCCCUGCUACCCUGCACAGGCCUCAGGGGCAGACACUGGCCUGGCCCAGGGCCCAGGUUUACCCUGCCCACUGGAACUGAAUAAAGUGUUUGUCACCCC